CAUCGACCUGCACCAACUUUUCCCUAGGCGCCCACCAACUGUUCGUUCCUGGCAGGCGCACAAGCUCCAAGUAGCCGUCUGGUCUCAUCGAUGGAGUGAGAACACCCAGGUGUGUAGCAGAGCAGUCCAAGUGGUCCGGCAUCAUCAGCCUGCGCUGUCGCCCAAAACGCACCUCUCAGGGUCGACUCAGAGCCUCCAAUUCUUGGCGCAUCACCAUUCUUCACCACUCCACGUAUAAAGAUGGCUUCGGGCGAGCCUAGCAAGUAUGUGACACUUGUCUCGGGUGACGGAUUCGAGUUUGUGGUGCUUCGCGAGGCCACAAAAGUCAGUCCCAUUAUCAGCGGCAUGAUCGAUCCACGCAGUGGAUUUGCCGAGGCCAGAGAUGCUCGUUGCGUAUUCCAAGAGAUAAGUUCCCCUGUGCUUGACAAAGUUGUCGAAUACUUCCAUUAUUGGUACCAAUACCGGGACAAUGACGAUGUUCCGGACAUGGACAUUCCCGUAGAGAUCUGCCUCGAACUCCUUGCCGCGGCCGACUACCUUGGGCUUGACCAAGCCACCAUGAACACGAGGCAAUGGUCUUGAGGCGCGUACUGCCCAGUUCUUUUUGUAGAGAGGGUAUUCCAAGACUGUUUUGUACACAGUCGCCCCCAUAUCAAGUGACGCCAGAUAUCAGCCACGAGCACCCAUUUCAGCAUAUACGUUCUGCUCCUCACACUCCCGUGGGUUGAACGCCUAUUAGAGAUGGAAGAUGAACGCACAGAGUGCGGCACCCUCUCACUCUGCGUAGCUCAGUUGACGCAUUGAGUGUUCGCUUUUUCUGCAGGGGUACAUCCUCCGACACGAUGCAAGCCUUGCACGAACUUGGAAGGCAUGAAUAAUUGAUUCUAAUGAGAAAUGAGAGUAAUAAUGAUGCACUAUGCCAAUAUUCUUGUCGAUUCCGUGUGAUGUCAGUUGUAAGCUCUUGUGGGGUCUGGGCGCAUUUAUUAGCCAGAGCCUAUGCUGCAGGUUCUGUGACCAGCGCGCAAAAGCGAGACU